AUGACUACAGAGCCGAAUACUUUAGCCGAGCAAAUCGAAAAGGUGGCUCUUGAUGAAACUGCCGAGGAAACCCACGUCAAUGAGGCAACUGUAGAGGGCAACAGCGGGGAGAAGAAAAAGAAGAAGAAGAAGAAUAACAAAAAAAAGAAGGGCGGUAUCAACCAGUUCUUCCCCGACGGCGUGUUCCCUGAAGGAGAGUGGCAGGAAUAUACCGGAAGCGAAGAGAAUCUGAAGAGAGUAACUGACGAGGAGAAAAGAUAUUUAGAUCGUCAGGCUAACAACAAAUGGAAUGAGUUUAGAAAAGGAGCAGAGAUUCAUAGACGAGUGAGACAAACUGCCCAAAAGAACAUCAAACCUGGAAUGACAAUGACUGAAGUUGCGGAGUCAAUUGAGAAUAGUGUCAGAGCCUACAGCGGUACAGACGAUAGUUUAAAAGGAGGUAUGGGAUUUCCUUGCGGUGUGUCUCUCAACCAUUGUGCAGCUCAUUAUACACCUAAUGCUGGAGACAAAGUUGUUCUUCAAUACGACGACGUCAUGAAGGUUGAUUUUGGUGUUCAUGUUAACGGACACAUCAUCGAUUGUGCCUGGACUCAGACUUUCAACGAGAGAUACGAUCCUCUGCUAAAUGCAGUGAAGGAGGCCACAAACACCGGCAUCAAGACUGCCGGAAUCGAUGUGAGAAUGACAGAUGUUGGUGAAGCCGUUGAAGAAGUGAUGGAAAGCUACGAGGUUGAACUUGACGGCAAAGUUUAUCCUGUUAAAUGCAUACGGAAUUUGCAAGGACACAACAUCAAACCGUAUCAAAUCCAUGGUGGAAAGUCUGUGCCAAUCGUGAAAAACGGUGAUACAACUAAGAUGGAAGAAGGAGAGACUUUUGCCAUUGAGACGUUCGGAUCAACAGGCAAAGGCUAUGUCGUUCAUGGUGGUGAGUGCUCGCACUAUAUGAAAAACUUGGAUGCACCUCCUAAUGCUCCUAUUAGACUCGAUAGGGCCAAGAAGCUGAUGCAGGCUAUUGACAAGAACUUCGGCUCUUUGCCAUUCUGUCGCAGAUAUCUUGAUCGGAUCGGUGAAGAGAAGUAUUUAUUAGCAUUGAACCAGUUGUGCAGAGCAGGACUGAUCACAGAGCAUCCUCCACUUGUUGACGUUAAAGGUUGUUAUACGGCACAAUACGAGCAUACAAUUCUGUUGCAUCCAACUAGAAAAGAAGUUGUUUCGAGAGGCGAUGACUAUUAA